AUUGUGGCCUUUCUUUAGUGGUAAAUGUAUGAAACUUUAUGCAACAUUGUAUGAUUUUGAAUUUACAUUUACAUUUUUACGUUUAGCAAAUGCUCUUAUCCAGCGCAACUUACACUACUGUUGUGACAGGCGUGGAUCUUUAGUAGUGACUUUUAAACAAAUGAUUACACUUAAUAUGAGGAACAUAUCACAAUUCUGAGAAUUUAAGAAUUUCACUGCUAAGAAGUAUUCUCAUCCCUAAGAAAUUGUAUGCUUUGGACCCUGAAAGUGCUCUCUGGAAAGCCACUAUCUGCAAUUGAUUGAAUCCUGGCUUUAAUCUUCAAGAUUAAUCAUUAAUCUUUUUCGACAACUAUAAAUAGCUCCACCCCUUGAGUCUUGAGACUAUAAUCUGCAACCCACCUUUCCCCACAUGCACUACACCAAAUACACCGCAGAGUGUAGUUGAACACGUUGCUCUUUUGUAGGUUAUUUAUUAUCCAACAAAAGUUUGCCUGAAAAGUCAAAGAUUUCAUCAUAUCCAUCAACGUCAGUGAGUGUGCAUCUCUGAGUCUCUGGACACAAUGGGCGUGGAGGAGGAAUGUACGUUACAUCCCAUGACCGACGCAAUCAUAAACCUCACUGCUGGGGCAGCAGGGGGUGUUGCGUGUGUGCUGAGCGGUCAGCCCUUUGACACGGUCAAGGUGAAGAUGCAGACGUUCCCCAGUCUGUACCAUGGCUUCCUGGACUGUUCCCUGAAGACGUACCGCCACGAUGGGCUCCGGGGGCUCUACCAGGGAAGCGUGCCUGCUCUUCUGGCCAACGUGGCAGAGAACGCUGUGCUCUUCGCCUGCUACGGGACCUGCCAGCAGCUCACCAGGAGAGUCUUUGGGCUGGAGAAAGUGUCUCACCUCAGUGACCUGCAGAAUGCCCUGUCUGGGUCCCUGGCGUCGGUCUUCUCCUCGCUGGUUUUGUGUCCCACAGAGCUGGUCAAGUGUCGCAUGCAGGCUGUGCAUGAGAUGAGGAUGGUGGGGAAGACCUCCCUGGCGUCACACAUUUCCACCUGGUCAGUGGUGAGGGACAUAUUGAAGACGGAUGGUCCUCAAGGCCUCUUCCAGGGCAUGACUAGCACCUGGCUCAGAGAGGUGCCUGGAUACUUCCUCUUCUUUGGGGGCUAUGAGAUCUGCAGAACCCUCUUUACAAAGCCUGGCCAGUCCAAGGAUGAGUUGGAUGCUGUCCCGCUGUUAAUCAGUGGAGGAGUUGGGGGGGCUGCCUUUUGGUUGGCAGUGUACCCCAUUGAUUCAGUCAAAUCCAGAAUCCAGGUUCUAUCUAUGUCAGGCAAGCAGGCUGGGUUUAUCAGAACACUGCUCUGUAUCAUAAGGACAGAAGGUGUUCCUGCUCUGUAUUGUGGUCUAACCCCUACCGUCCUGCGGGCCUUCCCCUCCAACGGAGCUCUAUUCCUGGCUUAUGAGUGGACCAGAAGAACCCUCCUCAACCACACAUCUACAGCCUGAGUUUGUAGGGAAUCUCUAUAAAACCAGAAGAUUGAAGGUUUAAAAACGACAUUCAAAAUGUGUGUUAACCUCUGAUCUUGUUUUGACCAUGUUUUCUAUGCCUGGUCAAUAGGUCUAAUGUCCAGCUACAGAACCUGAUGAGUCAGUAUACAAUCAAUGGACUCCAUGCACUCCAACAACAUUCCACCCACUUGCCCGAGACACACAUCACACUAUGUCAGACAGGAUGUGUUGUCAACUAGUGAAACACAGUUAUUAAAAAUAUCAAUGUAUUUAAUGUAUAUAUGUGUACAUAAAAGCCUUACAUAUUACAUGUGUGACUACAGCACAGAUCAACAACACUUAUGUUUUUGUUAUGUUGUUUUUCUACAUGAGAUAUACACUGAAUGGACAAAACAUUAAGAACACCUGCUCUUUCCUUGACAUAUACUGACCAGGUGAAUCCAGGUGAAAGCUAUGAUCCCUUAUUGAGUCACUUGAUAAAGGGGAGGAGACAGGUUAAAGAAGGAUUUUUAACCCUUGAGACAAUGGAGAUGUAGAUUGUGUAUGUGUUCCAUUCAGAGGGUGAAUGGGCAAGACAAAAAAUGUAAGUGUCUGUGAAUGG